AUGGCCCCUCAACUCCAAUCUCAGCCCCAGCACCCUCUGAAUGUGGUUCAGGGUGAUCUGAGUGCCUUGAGCCCUGCAGUGAGAGACUUUGUUGAACAAAGUGCAAAGCUUUGUCAACCAGACAAGAUCCACAUCUGUGAUGAGAGUGAAGAAGAGAACAGGCAGCUUCUGUGCCUGAUGGAAGAGCAAGGGAUAAUCAAACGCUUACCCAAGUGUCAGAACUGCUGGUUGGCUCGCACAGACCCCAGAGAUGUUGCUCGUGUGGAGAGUAAAACUGUAAUUGUGACCCCUGAACAGAGAGACACCAUUCCCAUAGCGAAGGGUGGGGUCAGCCAACUUGGGCGCUGGCUGUCGGAGAAGGAAUUUGAAAAGGCACUCGCUCUACGUUUCCCAGAAUGUAUGAAAGGCCGUACAAUGUACCUGAUUCCAUUCAGCAUGGGACCUGUGGGAUCACCUUUGUCCAAGAUCGGGAUCCAGUUGACAGAUUCUCCAUAUGUCGUGGCAAGCAUGAGGAUCAUGACUCGCAUGGGAUCAGCUGUACUGGAGACCCUGGGCAAUGGCCAGUUUGUCAAAUGCCUUCACUCAGUCGGAUGUCCUUUACCUCUAAAGAAACCACUGGUCAAUAACUGGGCCUGCAAUCCUGAGCUAACACUGGUCGCCCACAUCCCUCAGCGCAGGGAGAUUAUUUCAUUCGGGAGUGGUUAUGGAGGUAACUCGCUGCUGGGAAAGAAGUGUUUUGCUCUCCGCAUUGCCUCCCGGAUUGGUGAAGAAGAGGGCUGGCUUGCUGAGCACAUGCUGAUCAUGGGAGUAACCAAUCCUAAAGGCCAGAAGAAGUACCUUGCUGCUGCAUUCCCUAGUGCUUGUGGGAAAACAAACUUGGCCAUGAUGAAUCCAACAUUACCCGGUUGGAAAGUUGAGUGUGUGGGAGAUGACAUCGCCUGGCUGAAGUUCGAUGAGCAAGGUAAACUAAGAGCAAUCAACCCAGAAAAUGGCUUCUUUGGUGUAGCUCCUGGGACAUCUAUGAAGACAAAUCCAAAUGCAAUGCAAACCAUCAGCAAGAACACCAUCUACACCAAUGUGGGAGAAACCAGCGAUGGGGGUGUUUACUGGGAAGGAAUCGAUGAAACUCUGCCCCCAGGUAUCACAGUGACUUCAUGGAAGAACAAAAAAUGGAGUCCUGAUGAUGGAGAACCAUGUGCACAUCCCAACUCCAGGUUCUGUACUCCUGCCAGACAGUGUCCAAUCAUUGACCCAAACUGGGAGUCUCCUGAAGGGGUCCCCAUUGAAGGGAUUAUCUUCGGAGGACGGAGACCAAAAGGUGUCCCUCUGGUUUAUGAAGCUUUUAACUGGCAGCAUGGAGUUUACAUUGGGGCAUCCAUGAGAUCAGAAGCUACAGCUGCAGCAGAACACAAAGGUAAGAUCAUUAUGCAUGACCCUUUCGCCAUGCGGCCUUUCUUUGGCUACAACUUUGGGAGGUACCUGUCGCACUGGCUCAGCAUGGAGCACAGGACCUGCUCAAAACUUCCCAAGAUCUUCCACGUCAACUGGUUCCGCAAAGAUAAACACAACAACUUCCUGUGGCCGGGUUUUGGGGAGAACUGUCGAGUUCUGGAGUGGAUGUUCCGGAGAAUCGAGGGAGAGGACUGCGCCAAGAUGUCUCCUUUGGGCUACAUUCCUGCAGACGGUGCCCUCAACCUCAAUGGUCUCGGCCACGUGAACAUGGACGAAAUCUUCAGUAUUGACAAAGAAUUCUGGGAAGAGGAAAUCAAAGAGAUCCGAAAAUACUUUGAUGAUCAGGUCAACACUGACCUUCCCUGUGACGUGGCCAAUCAGCUGUUGCAGCUGGAACAAAGAAUAAAUCGGUUGUAA